AGAUAUGGAUAUUUCCCCAAGAAUAGUUAUCCCAUCAUCCUUACUGUUGUUUGUGCUUUUCAUCGUAGACCUUGGAGAAGGCCACAAUAGUUGUGCCGAAUUAUGGUGUGGACACCAUGGCCCAGGCAUCCGAUUUCCUUUCCGACUGAAAGACAGGCAGCCAGACCAGCAGUGUGGCUAUCCUGGCUUUGAUCUCUACUGCUCUCAUAAUAAUGAUACUGUGCUCGAGCUGCCUACUUCAGUUAAAACCUUUGUCAAUUCCAUUGAUUACGAAUCUCAGUUGAUUAACGUAACUGUCUCAGAUUCUUGCUCUUCACGAGGAAUCCCGGGACUCAACAUAUCUUCCUCGCCCUUCCAAUUCAGAAAUUAUCUUUAUGACUAUGCCCUUUUCAAUUGUACGCGAACGCGAGAAACAGAUGCAGAACAUUACCGUCGGAUUGAUUGUCUUAGUAGAAGUGGCUACCCAGUUUAUGCUUUUGAUCCGGAUGAUGACAUCCAAGACUUGCCCAUAUUAUUAUGUAAAAAGAUGUAUAACGUUUCAUCAGUUCCAUCUCAUAUAUGGAGUUCUUCUCUUCAAUUGACAUGGUCCGAACCGAAGUGCGGAGACUGUGAAGUGAAAGGCGACAUCUGUAGAUUUAAGAAUAAUACCAAAAUUUUCGAAACUGAGGGCUGCCACCUCACCCCCCAGGCCCCCAACAAAUACAAAGACAAUGAAGGUAGAUCAACAACAAUAGUGAUUAUUGUUUCCAUCUUGGGGUCAUUUCUUUUGGAACUAGUGGUAUAUGUACUCUACCGUGUCUAUCGCUAUGAUAAAACAGAAAAAGAAAAUCAAGCAAGGAUUGAAAGGUUUUUGGAGGAUUACAGAGCUCUCAAGCCCACAAGGUACUCAUAUAACGAUGUUAAAAGGAUUACAAAUCAAUUUACUGAGAAGUUAGGACAAGGAGCCUAUGGAACAGUGUUCAAAGGAAAGCUUUCGAAUGAAAUCCAUGUUGCCGUGAAGAUCCUGAACAGUUCCACGGGCAAUGGGGAAGAAUUCAUAAAUGAAGUGGGAACAAUGGGUAGAAUCCACCAUGUUAAUGUGGUUCGCUUAGUUGGCUUUUGCGCUGAUGGAUUUAAAAGGGCAUUAGUGUAUGAGUUCUUACCAAAUGAUUCACUAGAGAAGUUCAUUUCCUCAGUAGAUUCUAACCGUUUCCUUGGUUGGGAAAAACUACAAGACAUUGCUCUUGGCAUAGCAAAAGGAAUCGAAUAUCUUCACCAAGGAUGUGAUCAACGAAUUCUCCAUUUUGAUAUCAAACCUCAUAAUAUUUUGCUAGACCAAAAUUUCAAUCCAAAAAUUUCUGAUUUUGGUCUAGCCAAGUUGUGUGCAAAGGAUCAGAGUGCAGUGUCCAUGACCACAGCUAGGGGGACCAUGGGUUACAUUGCACCAGAAGUGUUCUCUAGGAACUUUGGGACUGUGUCUUAUAAAUCAGAUGUUUACAGUUUUGGAAUAUUGUUGCUUGAAAUGGUUGGAGGUAGGAAAAAUUUUGGUGUAACUAUGGAGAACACUAGCCAAAUAUAUUUUCCAGAAUGGAUAUACAAUCUAUUAGAGAAAAAGGAAGACUUACGAGUCUAUGUUGAGGAUAAUGGAGGCGCUAAAAUUGCAAAGAAAUUGGCAAUUGUGGGACUCUGGUGUAUCCAAUGGCACCCAGUGGAUCGUCCUUCCAUGAAAGUUGGGGUUCAAAUGUUGGAGGGUGAUGGUGAUAACUUGACAAUGCCUCCAAAUCCCUUUGCCUCUACAAGCACUACAAGAAUCAAUGCAAGUACGCCUGCAACGCCUCUAGAUCUAGAUUUAGAAGUCAUCCCCGAAUUAGAGUAAGUAUUUUUAAACUAGAGGUCCUCAGUGAUGAUAUGGGUUGCAAUCAUGGUGUACUCAAGGAUUAUAAUUAUUAAUCUUGUACUCACAUCAAAGACUUCAAGUUUUCUUAUAUCAAAUAUGACUGUAUGAGCAAGGCGAUGCUUAUA